AUGCUGAUGCUGGUCGACCACUUCGCCACCGACCACCAGCGCCCGGCCGUCACGGUCCGUUACGGCCGGUCUUGGAGCCUGAGCUUCUCCCUGUCGCACGGCUGGCACCUGCUCGUCGAGGAGGAGGACUGCAACGUGUUCCUCGUCUCCCUCCGCCCGCUCGGUGAGGGCACCGCCGUGUCAUUGAUGUGCAUCAGGCCGGACGGCGAGGCCGAGACGGGGCCCCGGUUCUGGUGCAAGCUCUCCAUGGAGCGCCGUGGCGGCGACAAAGACUACAACCUAGUCCUCAUGACCUCUCGCCAGACGAGCUAUACGGCACCCACUAUCAUAACCGUCCAAAUGAGGCUCCGGUGCGUGAAGAUUCGUGCCAGAUACAACUACAACAAGGAUUGCAGGCCUACCUCAACAGUAACCACAUGA